AUAUUUUUUAUGUAAUGGAUUAUUAUAUAAAUGUCACCGGUUUAAUAGACAAUUUUGACGUUGCACCUUUUUUAAACGACCUUCUUGGUUAUAUCUAUGCUUCUCCUAUACUUAUUACUGUUUGAUCUAUGCUAUAAAGAAAAAUGUCAGAAAGGUUUGACAUUUUGACAUUUUUACAAAUUAAAGAAAUUGUUUGCUUAAUGAAAGUUAAACUAAAAAGCCAAACUAAAAGUCGGUUAAUUUUUUUUCUGAGAGUUGUGUGUUGUAUUGUGCGAUAAAAAUUAUAUUUAAAAGUCCCGAUAUGAUCAUUAUUUAAAUUACAAUAACAAUGAACAAUUUAAAAUAAAUGCUUGAAGAAAAUGAAGACAGUUUUAGAGAAAGAGAUUAAAUUGGAUCCUGGAUUUUGGACGAAGACGUCACAAAUCCAAUUGUUCUAUGGACUUUGGGUGAAUUUGUGCCACCUGGGUGUUGGUCUGGCGUUUGGCUUACCGUCCGUUCAGGUGCCACAGCUGUCGGCAGGAGACUCCUUCAUAAAAGUCACGAGAAAUGAGGCUUCUUGGAUAGCCAGUGUGUUCACUCUAUUCUCCCCUAUUGGCUGUUUGAUCAGCGGCUAUGUGACCGACUGGCUCGGUCGCCGAUUUAUGAUCAUCGUCUGCCAAGCUCCUAUAUGCGUGGGCUGGUUGUGCACUGGCUUUGCUAAUAGUCCCAAACAAGUUAUUAUUGGAAGGGCAAUAAUAGGAAUUGGAAGCGGCAUGGCUAUGACACCGCCGAGAAUAUUUGCCUCUGAGAUAUCUUUACCCAAUAUGCGUGGAGUUAUUGGGUGCUUCUCUACAUUGGCCAUUUCCAUCGGUAUAACUAUACAGGUAUAUAUAACAUCUCUUUAAAUAGCAAUUAUUAUACUCUGCAAGAUGGAAGAGUAUGAUAGUUCAAUUUACUAAAUCACUACCCUU